UUUGUCUGUUGUAACCUCACUCACCACCCAUUUCUGACCACAUAUUAAAACCUUAAGUUCGGUUGAUCCCACUAGUUUUAAUUUUUGUGUUUUUCUACAAUAUACACUUGUACUUUAGUUCAAAAAUCAUGUGUUUUUAACUUGUUACCACGUAGAAAGAAUUUUCUUUUUCUUUUUCUUUUCCUUUUUUUUUUUUUUGAAACUUCUAUCGGUGUCACUUAUUUUUGCUCGUUAUAAUGUCCAAUGGAAAAUAAGAUUUUCGCUUAGUCAUGCAAUUGCAAACUCUAGUUUGACUCUAAAUGACGAUUAAUCCCAUAACAUUUUCUUGUUGGAAUCAUCAUUUUUUCCAUUAGUGGAUAUACAAAUUUAUUCUUUGCCACUGGAUAUAUAAAUUCUCUACUGGGGUUGUGACUUGUGGAUAGUGUUAAUUAAGGUGGUUGGGAUUUUUUAAAUACUGCAGUCACUAAUGGAGCUGAAGUUUCUUGAUUCUAAAUCUGUGUCUUCAUCUGAGAUAGCUCUCAUGGCAACGACACGUUCCAGUCCUUGUCCAAGUUUAAGGCAUGUGGGUGGUGUUAGAUUAUCUCCAGAGUUUAUUUGGUCUUGCAGAGGGGUAUUUCUGAAGGUUUCUUGUUCAAGUUCUUCAAAUGGUACUUAUCUGUCAAAGAAACAUAUCUCAGCUGGCCAAGAAAAUAUUGUUGCAGAGAACUAUCUGUAUCGGACUAAUGGGACAAAUGGUGCUAAUUCAACUCUAUUUUCUGGAAAUGCGAAAAUUCUUGAUGCAUUUGAUGAUGAGUAUGGAGGAGUUGUUGUUGAUUCAAAUAGAUUACCUAAGAACUCAGAUGAUUUCGCAUCUUCCCUUCAUCUUUCUCUUUCUCAUUGGAAAAUAACGGGAAAGAAGGGAAUUUGGCUUAAGUUGCCAUUGGAACGAUCAGAGCUUGUUCCCAUUGCCGUAAAGGAAGGCUUCCAGUAUCACCAUGCAGAACCAGGAUAUGUCAUGUUGACUUACUGGCUUCCUGAGGGACCUUGUAUGCUUCCUGCUAAUGCUACACAUCAAGUAGGGGUUGGGGGAUUUGUUAUCAAUGACAAGAAUGAGGUUCUCGUAGUACAGGAGACAUUCUGUGCUCCGUCCUUUCUUGGUCUCUGGAAAAUCCCAACUGGUUUCAUUCAUGAGUCAGAGGAGAUUUAUACUGGAGCUAUGAGAGAGGUGAAGGAGGAAACUGGUAUUGAUACAGAGUUCCUAGAAGUUGUCGCAUUCAGGCAUGCGCACAAUUUGGCAUUUGAUAAAUCAGAUUUGUUCUUUGUCUGCAUGUUGAAACCUUUAUCAACUCAGAUAAUUGUCGAUGAUCUUGAAAUUCAAGCAGCCAAGUGGAUGCCUUUAGUUGAGUUUGUGAAGCAACCAUUAAUUCAAGGAGACAGCAUGUUCAAGAAAAUUAUAGAUAUUUGCAUUGCUCGUUUGGGGAAACGUUACUGCGGAUUAUCUGCUCAUAAGUUAGUCUCCAAGUUUGAUGGAAGGCUAUCCUGCCUGUACUAUAAUGUGGUCGACAACGAAAAUAUCAACUGCACUGUCAAUUGAAGCCAUCUAAGCAGUCCUUUAUUCAAAAUGCUUACCAUCACUUUCUUGUUGUGGAAUGCAUCUGUUGUUUUCCACUUGGCGUGUUCAAGAAUAGUGCAAGAACAUGAGAUUAACAGUGUAAGAGUAAAUAUUAUGUUUUCCGGAUGUUACAGCUGAUAUAUAACAUGUACUCUCGUUGGUUCACUGGGUGCGGAUUAGUUUAUAACAUGUAAAAUCUAAAGUUUCUUUCAAUGUAAAUAUUCUUAGUUCUAUUGAUAGAAUGUGACUAUUGUAUAAGUUAGCACAAUCACAAUUUCUUCUGUUACUAAUAUAUAUACAUAUAAUUUUCUUCUGCAAAUAAAGUUAGAACUUUGGCACU